UUCAGCAUGAUGUGUGUGUGUGUAUAUAUAUAAGAACAAGAAUUGUAUUCCCAUCUUCAAUUCUUUCUUCCUUCUCCGGCACACAUUUUCUCCCUCCUCUGUUACCCCUUUUUUGAGAAGCAUGGCCUUUUCUGGGAACAAGAAUGAUGGGAGAGAACUGAGAAUUUACGAAAAUGCCGAUGAACUGAGCAGCAUUUUAGCAGAUUAUAUUGCAGAAUUAUCAGAGGCUUCUAUAAAAGAGCGCGGCGUUUUCGCCAUUGCCUUAUCCGGUGGCUCACUCAUCACCUUGAUGGGAAAGCUCUGUGAAGCCCCUUACAGCAAGACAGUUGAUUGGGCCAAAUGGUACAUAUUUUGGGUAGACGAGCGUGUUGUUUCCAAAAGCCAUGCCGAUAGCAAUUACAAGCUCGCAAAGGAUCGGUUUUUGUCCAAGGUACCUAUUCUUCACAGCCACGUGCACUCCAUAAACGACUCAGUGACAGCAGAGCAAGCAGCCGAAGAUUACGAAUUCGUCAUCAGACAGCUAGUAAAGACACGUGUCAUUAGUGUGUCCGAAAUCAACGACUGUCCUAAAUUCGACCUAGUACUCCUCGGACUGGGUCCCGACGGCCACGUGGCGUCCCUAUUCCCCAAUCACCCAGUUCUUCAAGAAACAGAGCAGUGGGUGACUUUCAUCACCGAUUCACCAAAGCCACCACCUGAGAGAAUCACUUUCACCUUGCCUGUGAUAAGCUCCGCCUCCAAUGUUGCCAUAGUUGCCACCGGUGGUGGCAAAGCGGAGGCGGUCCACCUGGCAAUUGAUGAGGUUGACCCCAACUGGCCGGAACUGCCAGCUAGGAUGGUCCGGCCGAUCUAUGGUGACUUGGUUUGGUUUCUUGAUUUUGCAGCUGCCUCAAAAAUCCAAUGUGGGACAUUUUCGACUUCGUAAUAUCCUUGCGUGUAGUGUUUGAACAUGGGAGAUUGUCUUGUGCCACCUGCCUCGUCAAGGGCAGUUUUUUUUGCUUUUCUUUUUCAACUCUAUUUUGAGGAAAUUAAAGGAAAGAAAUUUCUCUUGCGGUUGAGCAAUUCUUCUUG